AAACAGAGAAGAACCCAUCUGUCGGUAGAAUGGAAAUCUACACAAACAAUAGCUGGGAGAAGCUUUGUACCAGUCAAUGGGAUGAAGGUGAUCUCAAUUCAACCUGCAUGGCCAUGGGCUACUAUAACAACGGUGUCUAUGUUAAUGACACAUGGUAUGCAAAAAGAGGCAACGCCUCCAAGAAAUCCAGCUACCAUAACUGCACCAUUCCAACUACAUGUGAAAAAACCCUGGCAAAGAAACAGCAAUAUUGCAAAGUUCCUGUUCGCUUGAAUGGUGCAAAUGUGGAGUAUGGAGGAAGAGUGGAAGUAUUUUACAAAGGUAAAUGGGCAAAGAUCUGCAGGAAUGAAUGGGAUUUUGACGAUGUCAAAGUUAUUUGUCGUCAACUUGGCUUUGAGGAGGCUUUGGCGGAAUUCAUUGGUUCAGAAGUAAAGGAUGAUGGAAUUCCUUUCGCAAUGUCAGAUGUCUCUUGCAAAGGAGAUGAGUCAGAACUUGCAUCUUGUGCUCGUAUUGAUGGAAAGGUUAAUAUCCCACCUCAAUGUUUAUCAGAUUGCAAGGGUUCUCAGGCGUUGUGUAAACCAAAGAACAAUAAAGUGUUGGACAAAAAAGAACUCUAUUUUGAUAUUGGUACCAAUGAAGAGCUUCAAUGCUCAAUACAUAAUGAAACCAGUUAUACAAGAUGGGCCAUUAAUGGUCAAACCGUCAACUCUACUUAUCAAAGAAUCAGAACUAAAGAAACUGGUGAACUGUUCAUUGACAAGGUGCAGUUGUCUGAUGCAGGAUUAUACGAAUGCUACAGAUUGGAAUAUGUUCAAUAUUACGUUGUCUACGUUAAUGCAAAAUAUACUAAGAACACGCUAGACGAACAAACCUUGACUGCGGACACAUCCGGUUUAUUAAACUGCAGUGCUGAGGGAGUACCAAGCCCACAGAUAUCUUGGAGCAAAAAAGGAGGAAACUUUUUAGACCACAUACGAUUUAAUCAAGUAUCCGACGGGAGCCUACUUAUUAGCCCCGUAAAUUCUGAAGACAAUGGGACAUUCAUUUGUAAAAUGAAACAAACUAAAGGACCAAAGAGGAUCACAAGCAAUGAUAAAACCAUAUUUGUGACAGUUAUGGUUCGACCAAAAGUAAACAUUUCUGGAGCAAGCAAUCUCAUCAUAGAGGGAAACAGGGUUAACUUGACGUGUGAAACUGUGGCUGGUCGGCCUGCGCCUGAGAUAACCUGGCUCAAGAAUAAGACUUUGCAGGAAAAAGGCUGGUCUCUCCUUUUCCAUACAAUAAAAAAGAGCGACGAAGGGCGGUACACUUGUAAGGCACAGAAUACCGUGGGAAUAUUUACCAAAUACGUUGAUAUUUCUGUUAUGGUUCCACCCCGUGUAAACCUUAAGAUCAAGAAUGUUAGCAUUGAGGUAAACUCCAAGUUUACUGAGAAGUGUUAUUGGAGUGGUGAUUCAGAAGUAUCUGUCAUCUGGACCAAGGAUGGAGUGCUUCUUAGUAACAAAAACACCCUGAUAAUUAAACGCGCGACUUUUAAAGAUAAGGGCAAGUAUGAAUGCACUGCUCAAAAUGAUUAUGGCAAAGCUAACGCCUCCUUCUGGAUUGAUGUCACAGUUUCUCCCCAGAUCACUAAGCCUCCGAUAACCCAGUCUGUUACCGAAGGGCAUCCAGUCAACUUCAGUUGCCGAGCCUCAGGUGUGCCAACACCAACCCUAGUCUGGGUUUUUAAUAAUGGUGACCUCCCAUCUGACAUCAGUCAAACUGAUCACGAGGGAGAAUCGUUGCUAGAAUUGCCAAGUGUCACAAAAGAGAUGAAAGGCACUUACAAGUGUAAAGCAAAAAACAAAGCAAAUACUACUAAUUCCUCUGCAACACUACGUGUUUAUGGUAAGUUUAAUGAUAAUGAUAAUGAUGACUAUGACUUUGAUGAUAACGAUGACAAAAACAAAGACGACGACAAUGGAGAAGGGGACGGAUAUGAAGAUAAAGUCGUAGUGAUUUGUGAUGCGAGAACAGACGAAGAAAAAAAUAAAAGUGACGGCGCCAUCAUGCGGGUUAACUGA